GAAAAAGAAAAUCCAGGCCUUCAGACACACAGCCGGAGUGAGAGACAAGAAGCACGAGAGAGAUGGAGAUACAUCGAUACAGAGACAGAGGUCCCCACUGAAACAAUAGGUGGAGGAGAGGAAGAGACAAAAGCGGAAGUGGAAGAUUGGGGAAUGGAAAAAGAGAAAGAGUUAAUGCCUGAUUUAAAACCAGUCCCUGAUCCAGUCUAUGAGGAGGAGGAGAGAAGUGGAGACAAUGACUGGGAGACAGAGGAAGGUGUAGAUCAAGAGAAGGAAGAAGAGAAGGAGGACUUGGAGAUGGAGAGAGAGAGGGAUAGGCUGGAGAUGGAGAGAGAAAGACAGGAACUGGAGAAAGAGAGGGAGGCCGAGCAGGAGAGGGAAAAAAUGGAAAGCGAAAGAGAACUGGAGCGGCAGAGGGAGGAAUGGGAGAGGAUGAGGGAGGAGAUGGAGAGGAGGAGAGAGGGAAAUUACGAUGAAGAAGCUGGACUGCCGUACCCAUAUCCCCCGGGGUAUUAUUUACUGAAGGGACAGCCAGGUGAAAAUGGAAAACCAGGACAAAAGGGCGAAAUUGGUGAAAAGGGACAGAAGGGGGAGCCGGGCAUCGGUCACAGAGGGCCAGAGGGUCAGGCUGGUCCUCCUGGACAGAAGGGUGAGCCCGGCGAGCCAGGUCCUCCAGGUGCUCAGGGCAUUCAGGGAAUCCCUGGCAAUCCAAGCAUCCAGGGCCCCACAGGUCUUAGGGGUCUUCCAGGGGACCCAGGAGAGGCAGGUAGAGAGGGCAGCCGAGGUAAAAGAGGGAAGAAUGGCUCCCCAGGAUCUCCUGGACCUCGAGGACCGCCAGGACCUCAUGGUAUUCCUGGCAUACCUGGAGAAAAAGGAGAAAAGGGUGACAGUAUACCAGGUGAACCUGGUGAGAGAGGCGUAGUUGGCCUCCCAGGUAAAAGGGGUGACAAGGGCUCUCCAGGUGUUAAAGGAGCUCCUGGGCCCAUAGGUCUUAAAGGACUGAGUGGGAGCAAAGGUGAAAAGGGAGAUCGUGGAUCACCUGGAGUCAAAGGAGAAAGGGGCAGUGUGCUUCAAAUCCAAGGACCUCGUGGCUAUAAGGGUUCCAAAGGACAGCCAGGUGAGCGAGGUUCACCUGGUUUUGAUGGGGAUAAAGGAGAAAAAGGCGAGGACGGUCCUCCUGGGGUCAAGGGUGUAAAAGGUAAUGCGGGUAUAAAAGGUGCAAUGGGAAGAUUUGGAGCACGGGGCCCGGUAGGACAAAAAGGAGAUCCAGGAGAUCCUGGAGUCAAUGGAGUGAUGGGUCGCAAUGGGGCUGAUGGGCUGGAUGGAGCCAAAGGGGAUAAAGGAGACAAUGGACUCCAAGGACAACAGGGUAAUCAGGGUGAUCCAGGAGAACCUGGCUUACCAGGAGAAAAAGGGGAGAAAGGGGAGAAGGGUUUCAGAGGUUUUCCUGGGCGCACUGGGAGCCUUGGCCUGAAUGGAGAAAAGGGAGAUAUGGGGUUACCUGGCACCCCGGGCAUACCUGGACUGAAUGGGGUCACGGGACGCAAGGGAGACAAGGGAGAAGGGGGGAUCAAUGGUGUUGAUGGUGAUCCUGGAGUAAAAGGGGAAAAGGGUGCAGCAGGUUUCCCAGGUUUCCCAGGUUUUAAGGGAUCAGCAGGAAGUCCAGGAAGGGACGGUGAUAUGGGACCACCGGGACCGCCAGGGCCUCAAGGAGACAAAGGGCCUAAGGGGGACAGGGGUAAAAGAGGCAGAUCAAAGAAGUGUCAGAGUGGAGCACCAGGGACACCAGGACACAGAGGAGAAAAUGGUAAAGUUGGUAUUGAAGGAGCAAAAGGGGAGAAAGGAGAGCCUGGACUCUCAGCUGAAGAAGUGAAGGAGCUAGUCAACCAGGAGGUGGUAGAAAAGUGCGGAUUGGAAUACAAGUUCAUGGUAAAAUCUGUUGACCCAGAUGCAACAACUGCAGUGACUAAGAAUGAAAAUGACCAAAAAGACGUUGUGAAAUCUAUCACCCAUGACCUGCAUGAACAAAGUAUGGAAGAAAACAUGGCAGACAACAUGGGAGAAGGGCACCCACAAAACCAGACUGAUACUCAUGAUGGAGGGACUGUGGAGUGGGGACAAAGGAAGAAGAGAAGGGUAUAUGGAAGAAACACAGCAAACCGCUGCCUGGAGCCGAUGUCAGAAGGAGCCUGUUCAGACUAUUCUCUGGUCUGGUACUUCCACGCCCGAUCGGGGGAAUGCAGACCGUUUGUUUACGGGGGCUGUGGUGGCAACCAAAACAGAUUCUCCUCCAGACAUGAGUGCGAGGAAUGGUGUGAGGCGGAGAGUCGAGUUAUGGGGGGACCAAUCAGAUCGCGUAGGGAAUAAUCCUUCAAACAGUUAAUCCAGUGACUGAAAAAAAAUCCUGCUUUGAAGAGAUUUUUGGUUAUACAAUAUGAAUGUGCGGAUACUAUAGAUGCUAUUAAAAAAAAAUGUACACCUCCACAGCCGCAGAACCUUGGAGACUGAGCCAGCAACCCCCAAACAAGAUGCUUAAUUUUGUACAUAACUGUGUAAAAUGUUAUUGUUUUUGCAUUUUGCAUUGCUCUUAUUUAUAUAUUUUAACAGAUUUUUUUCAAUUUGUUAUAUAUGGAUAAUGGGAUGCGAUGUAGUCUAAAUGUGAAUGAUUUUUUUCUUAAUUUCACAUAACAUCUGCACAUGUAAGUAUGUUUUCUUGCAGCUGUGUUACUAAAAUAGACUGACAUUGACAAAGAUUUUGAAUGUAAACGUGCCAAAAAUAAACAUUACUGAAAAAAAAAAUCUUAAAUCCACCUCACGAUUUGUCUUUUUCAUGCCAGCCUCUUUCAUUUUCCAGCUCGCUAUAGCGUAUCUCUUUAUAUAACUGUCACCUUUCUUAUGUUUUGUCAAUCGCCCUACAUCCUGUGUGGUGCAGAAAUGAGAAGCUGAUAGCUGACUGCCUGCUGACUCCUCCACCACUACAUAUGUUUCUUUGGCAGGGGGUGUUAUGGGUCAGGCUGGGAGCCAGAUGAGGGGCCAACAGGGGCCCAGUGUGGGAGCUCACGCAGGGGCUGUUUU